AUGUAUUUUUAUUUUGUUUCAGUUACAGAGAAGGAGAUAAGGCUCUGGCACAAAGGAUUCCUCAAAGACUGCCCCAACGGUCUAUUAACUGAGCAGGGAUUCAUCAAGAUCUACAAGCAGUUUUUCCCUCAAGGUGAUCCGAGUAAAUUUGCCUCACUCGUCUUUCGAGUUUUCGAUGAAAACAACGAUGGGUCAAUAGAAUUCGAGGAGUUUAUAAGAGCUUUAUCGGUGACAUCGAGAGGAAAUCUCGACGAAAAAUUGCAUUGGGCUUUUCGUCUCUACGACGUGGACAACGACGGGUACAUAACACGGGACGAAAUGUAUAACAUAGUGGACGCUAUAUACCAGAUGGUGGGGCAAACUCCGCAGCCAGAAGACGAGAACACUCCGCAAAAACGCGUGGACAAAAUAUUUGAUCAAAUGGACAAGAAUCACGACGACCGUCUCACGCUCGAGGAGUUCCGUGAGGGCAGCAAGGCUGAUCCCCGCAUUGUCCAAGCUCUGUCUCUUGGGGGAGAUUAAUCUACGGUUAUUCUCUCGCCGGAUUUCUCAUUUACUUAGAGAUAUAUAUCCGUAACGCCGCCACGUGAACGCUUUCUUCUGUUGCUUUUCUGAUAUUCAUUCAGUUUACUUUAUUCUAACAAUCCAUACCUACAUUAAUAGGAUAUGCGGAUUUACCGCCUUCGUGAACAAUAAGAAAGUGACACGAGGCGGAAUUAUAGGAGUCCUUAAGUAUUUGCCAAUGUAAUUCCGAGCGAGCAAUAUGACUUAAUCAGCUUCUUAGAAACACAAAUAUAUGGAUGUCGUGAAAUUUAAGCUUUGACGAACUAUUCUGCUACGCUUAAUCGCACCGUGUCUAUUUCUCCUUUUGAUUGCGACUGUCCUUUGUCCUUUUUUCUACAAGAAGAAGGAAUGUGUGAGCUCGCAAUGUAUUUGCAAUGAAUUACAUUCAAGUACGUUUCUGUUGAAAAUAAAACUACGGGGAUCGGUGGGCACCAUGCCAGGCAAUAUGACUUCAUCUUUAACAACAUUACAAGUCAUGAAUAUUUCAUUUCAGUUUCAAGGUUGUGCUUAUACAAGAAUACCUUUAGAGAUUUUCGUUCGACGUCAACUUUUUUAUAAUUUAAACAAUAUGCCAUUUCCAUGAAAUAUUUUUAUUAUUAAGAAUAUUUAGAAACCAGAAUGUAAAUGUGACGAUUACAAAAUUAUUGGUAAUGUAAAUAUAAUUUUUAAAUUAUUGUAAUUAAAUACUAAAGUUAUGACGAUCCUCGCAUGAGAGAUGGCAAAUGGCACUUAAAAUAAAGUAAGAUGAUACUGGAGAAAUUGAUAAAUAUCCCCCUUUUCAAUAAAUAAAAUUUUAUUAAUUUAACAAGCAUGCCUUGCGAAAAAUUUAUAAAACUCACUUGUGGCAGUUAUAUCCGUGCGAGAGAUUAUCCUCCCUGAGGACAAUUCUUUUUUUUUCAUACAAUAUGAUACUCACACAACAUCAACAUCGGUAACUAUUUUGAAUACACACACAAUGGAAAAGGUUUAUGCUUUUAUUAAUUUAUGAGAUUGAAGUUUUAGCGUGGCAACAAAUACUU